CCCAGUUUACUGUCGUGGGUCCAGCGGAGCCCAUCCUGGCCAUGGUGGGAGAAGACACCGAGUUCCGGUGCCACCUGUCCCCUGAGAGAAGUGCCGAGGACAUGGAGGUGCGCUGGUUCCGGUCCCAGUUCUCGCAGGCGGUGCUGGUGUACAAGGGCCAGCGCGAGAGGCCAGAGGAGCAGAUGGAGCAGUACCGAGGACGAACAACCUUCGUGAGCGAAGACAUUGGCAAGGGGAGGGUGGCCCUGGUCAUUCACAACGUCACUGCCCGUGACGACGGCAUCUACCGCUGUUAUUUCCAACGAGGCAGGUCCUACGACGAGGCCGUCAUGCGCCUGGUUGUAGCAGGCCUGGGCUCCAAGCCCCUCAUUGAAUUGAAGGGCCACGAGGACGGGGGCGUCCGGCUGGAGUGCACCUCCGGAGGGUGGUACCCAGAGCCCCAUGCAGUGUGGAGGGACCCUUAUGGUGAGCUCAUGCCCGCCCUGGAGGAGGCUUACACCGAGGACACAGACGGUCUCUUCAGGGUCACCAUAGCCGUGAUCAUCGACGACAGCUCUGUGAGGAACGCGUCCUGCGCGGUCAACAACACCCUGCUGGACCAGGAAAAGGACUCCGUGAUCUUCAUUCCAGAACACUUGGUCCCCAGCUCGCCUCCCUGGACGUUGGCCCUGGCGGUCAUCCUGCCGGCUCAGCUCCUCCUCAUCGUCGGGAGCAUCUGUCUCUUUUUGAAGCGCCGCAAGGACAAAGAAGCUCUGUCACUGGAAAAAGAUUUUGAAAAUAAAGAGGAAGAUACUGCAUCCAAAGAACUGGAGCAACUUCAAGAAGAAUUGCGAUGGAGAAGAGGCCUCUUGCACGCUGCGGACGUGCUCCUGGACCCAGACACCGCCCACCCUGAGCUCUUCCUGUCCCAGGACCUGAGGAGUGUCCGGCGGGGCCCCUCCCGGCAGAUCCUGCCCGACAACCCGGAGAGAUUCGACUGCCGGCCGUGCGUCCUGGGAGCGGAGAGGUUCUCCUCAGGGAGACAUUACUGGGAGGUGGAGGUCGGAAACGUGAUGGUGUGGGCGGUGGGGGUCUGCGGAGAUGGUGUGGCCAGGAAAGGGGAGGCCCUGCUGGUGCCGCAGAAUGGCUUCUGGACCCUGGAGCUGUUUGGGAACCAGUACCGGGUCCUGUCCUCUCCCGAGAAGAUCCUUCCCCUGAAGGAGCGCCUUCGCCGGGUGGCCGUCUUCCUGGACUACGAGUCUGGAGACGUCUCCUUCUAUAACAUGAGGGACCGAUCGCACAUCUACACGUGUCCCCGUUCGCUCUUCACUGGGCCCCUGAGGCCCUUCUUCAGGCUGGGGUCUGACGACAGCCCCCUCUUCCUCUGCCCAGCGUUCAGAGGGGCCCAGGGGGUCCCCGUGCCUGAGGGUGGCCUGGUCCUUCACGGGGCCGGGACCCGCCGCAGCCACCAGCACCCGCUCCCUCGUCCCCGAGCCCAGUAG